UGGCACAAUCUUGGAAUUGCUCCUUUGCAUCUUGCCACUCGGGGAAGAUGGGAAGAGCGCUACUUCAUGCUACAUGGCGCAUUUGAUCGGAAUUGGUCACCAGCGUGCGUAUGGAGAAAGGCUGGAGAAUUAUACUGCUAGAUGCCUUCUCUCUGAGCCACUCUGAGAAUAUACUAGACUCCUCUUUACAUGUUUUCAAAAUGCAUAUCUGAUUCUGGUGUUUUGGCAAGAAGGAGGAUUUGAUGAUCCACGAUGCAGGCGGACGUGGCUGGCAGUUAUCAAAAGGUUCCCGGAGUAAAGCUCAAGGUACAAGACAUGACUUAUUAGUAAUCACACAUUACAAGUGUGUACGUUACGAAUCUCGCUGCUCCCAGAACGAACUGCCAACAUUCCAUGGACGAGGGUGGUUUGACCCUUCACACGUGAACGUUAAAAGGUCUAGACCACCGACCACACCGGCUCCCCUCCCAACACCCAGCCUUCCCACACACCCACAUCCAAUCCUAAUCCCUCCACGACUCCUCCUGCGUCUUCUUCAACAAAUCCUCCAUCGCCUGAUUCAAAUUCAACUUGACCGCACUCUUGGCCAGAACCUUGCUGUCGACAUCGCACUUGCCCGUCGCCUUCUGGUUCUCCUCGAACCCCACCAGCAGCACCUUGUACUGCGGCUGCCCGCGCACCCGGCUCGUCGUCACAAUGUCGUAGGUGCGCGGGCGCCCGCCGGUGGAGCGGCCGAAGUUGAAUUGCGCGUUUGCUAGGAUAUAGAUGUAGUGGUUAGAUGAUGUUGGGAAGGGUUGCGUAGUGUGACGUCAUGACGGUCCUUGAAUCACAGAGGGCGUGUAGGGGAGGGGAGGAGAAGGCGGU